AUGGAGACGGAGACGGAGACGAGUAAAUACAGGGGUCAUCUCAAAAACAUUUUAUCGACGGGUACAAAACACAUACACGUGGACCAUAACGAUCUACAGUGUAGUGAUGUCAGUGAUAGACAUUCCCUACACACGUCAGUGAUAGUAGUGAAGACUCUCCCUACACAUGUCAGUGAAAGUGAGAAUUUUGACAGUGAUGAUGAUGACAGUGAGGAGGAUGACAGUGUGGAUGAUGACAGUGAGGAUGGUGACAGUGUGGAUGAUGACAGUGUGGAUGAUGACAGUGAGGAUGAUGACAGUGAGGAUGAUGACAGUGAGGAAGAUGACAGUGUGGAUGAUGACAGUGAGGAUGGUGACAGUGAGGAUGAUGACAGUGUGGAUGAUGACAGUGAUGAUGAUGACAGUGUGGAUGACGACAGUGAGGAGGAUGACAGUGUGGAUGAUGUCAGAGUGGAUGAUGACAGUGUGGAUGAUGACAGUAAGGAUGGUGACAGUGAAGAUGAUGACAGUGUGGAUGAUGACAGUGAUGAUGAUGACAGUGUGGAUAACGACAGUGAGGAGGAUGACAGUGUGGAUGACGACAGUGGGGAGGAUGACAGUGUGGAUGAUGUCAGAGUGGAUGAUGACAGUGUGGAUGAUGACAGUGUGGAUAUUGAUAGUGUGGAUGAUAAGUGUGGCUGA